AUGGAGGAUGAUGACGGAGCAGAGCUCUGUUUUCCACAACUCCUCAACACCUCCUGCAGGAAGCCGACACUUCCUCAGUCCGAAGCCAUGUUACUGAACAUUCUUGUAUCCUCCAUGUCUAUGCUCACUGUGGCUCUCAACCUGCUUGUCAUCAUCUCAGUCUUCCACUUCAGGCAGCUCCACACACCCACCAACAUCCUCCUUCUCUCUCUGGCUGUCUCAGACUUUCUCGUGGGCCUCCUGCUGAUGCCGGGAGAAAUCCUCCAACAAACAUCCUGCUGGUUUCUUGGUGACCUUGUGUGUUCUCUGUAUAUUUAUGUAGGGUACAUCAUUCCUGCUGCCUCAAUAGGAGACAUGGUGCUCAUAUCAGUUGACCGAUAUGUUGCUAUUUGUCACCCUCUGCAUUAUACCACCAGAAUCACUGUGAGAAGAGUUAAACUCUGUGUUUGUCUGUGUUGGUUCUGUUCUGUUUUCUACAGCAGUUUCUUUCUACAGUAUGGCGUGACUCAACCAGACAGGUAUAAUUCCUGCUAUGGAGAGUGUGUGGUUAUAGCUCACUAUAUAGCAGAAGCUGUUGACCUUGUUUUGAGCUUAUUUUUUCCAGUUACUGUCAUCGUAGUUCUGUAUAUGAGAGUAUUUGUAGUGGCUGUGUCUCAGGCUCGUGCCAUGCGCUCUCACAUUACUGCUGUCACACUCCAACGUACAGUGACUCUAACAGUGAAGAAAUCUGAGCUGAAAGCAGCCAGGACUCUUGGUGUUCUUGUAGUUGUGUUUCUAAUAUGUUUAUUCCCAUAUUAUGGUGUGUCUCUUGCAGGGGGCAACUCGCUCAAUACUACUUCUAUAACCUUUGUAAUAAAUUUGUUUUAUUUAAACUCAUGUCUAAACCCUGUGAUUUAUGCCAUGUUCUACCCCUGGUUUAGAAAAGCAGUUAAACUUAUUGUUACUCUUCAGAUACUGCAGCCUGGCUCCUGUGAGGCCAAAAUGCUGUAG